AUGAGAAGGCAAGUGGUGAAGUCAAAUGCAACAUUCAACGCGUUCGUCGUACCGGGACAGCCUGAACUAACUGAAGAGUUAAUACCAGUAUCUAUGACGAGGGAGUUGGAGCUCGAAGAUGAUAUGAAAGAGUAUUGGGGCUUCUAUCUCUUACAGGGAUCUACUGUAACCGUUUCUUCUUGUGUCAGAUGGCCCGGUGCUUCUCUAAUUAUGAUAAAGGGAUACAAACAUCUGCAGGAUUGUGCGUACAUUGGAGAUGACUCUUCAGAAGAAUUGGACGAACUUCUUGAAGCUCAUAAACUUGGUCUGCUGUCAAAUACUACACUGCUGGAAAAGAUAACCCAGUUGAAUAAGGAAGAUGGAAAAGCUAAUGAUCCAGAUACAAUGAAAAGGCAUAAAGCUGGUAUAAAGUUUCACGACCCAAGUCGAACAGCGAAUGCGACGUCGACUGGUAACGUACCAACUGUUGAUGUUACUGAUCAUGAUCCAAAGGAACUUCGAGAAAUUUUGGAAAGAUUGCAUGCAAUACGAGAAGCAGCUAAAAUCGAAUCUCAAAAGUAUUACCACCCGCCGUCUCACCUCAUGUCUCUGCCAGCUCUACAUCGACAUAGAGACGCCAAUGUUGAUAGAGACGAGAGACGAUGGCUGUUUUUCAAAGAUUUAGACGGUAACAUGAGCGAACAAGAAACAAACUCUACCGUGGAAAAAGCAGAAACAGAAAAGCCAAAAAUUGAAACUGCAGAUAAUAAAAUAAAUAAUACCAAUGUAAAUGUGCAUACAAACAACGUUAUCAAUUCUAAAUCCAGCAAAGAAUUUGAUAAAAAGACAAUUGACAAUAAGAUUAUGAACGAUACGCAUGUCAAAGAAAACACCACUCACGAUGAAUCGCCGAUUCCGGCCACGGCGGCCAAUCUCAAUGAGAUUAGCCAACUGCGCAGGAGAUAUUAUAGUGCUCAAGUGUACGCGCAGACACAACGUGCACUCUCUAUUCCUAUCACUCUCAUACUCCGGUGGGACGACCACUCGACACGACCGGUGAGAGUUAAGGCGCAGGACCGACGGCUUUACGUGCUCUCCGAGGCACGGGGG